GGGCUGGCAGCGCCCGCAGCCCACCAUGCUCCGGCUGGGAGCCCGCCUCGCCGGGCCACGAUGCUUGCUGCUCUGCCUGCUCCCGGCCGUCCUCAGAGCCCAGCCUGGCUGGGAGGGGAGGCCCAAGCCCCUGCCGUGCCAGCAGAGCCCCACGAAGGUGUCGUGCAAGGGUGCUGGCCUGCACACGUUUCCAGAGGAGCUCAGCCAAGGAGUGAAGUACCUCGAGCUCUCCAACAACUUCAUCCGAAACCUGUCGGAGAGCCGCAUGCAGGGGUUCGGGCAGCUCGAGCACCUGGACGUGUGCUUCAACCAGCUGGAGGCGGUGUCGGGAGCCGCCCUGGCUCAGCUCCCCCAGCUGCGCUCUCUCCUCCUGGGCUCGAACCGCCUGGACCGCAAUUACCUCGCUAACGGGCGAGCCUUCGGCUUGCUCGGGAACAUCGAGGUGCUGGACCUGUCGGCAAACCACCUGGAGAGCCACAUGGCGGGCUGGUACCUGAGCAGCCUCAGCACGCUGAAGAAGCUGGACCUGUCCGGGAACAGGAUGACGAGGCUGCCCGCGGGCAUCUUCUGGGGCACGCCGCGGCUGAGCGAGCUCAACCUCAGCAACAACUACAUCAUGGAAAUCGAGGAGGGAGCCUUUGGGGCUCUGGAGGAGCUGGAGGUGGUGAACCUGGCCUUCAAUUCCCUCCACUGCAUCUCCGGCUUCAGCCUCAGGCAGCUGCGAGUUUUAAACCUGAGCCACAACGCCCUGGAGCUCUUCGUCUCGGAGGAGGGAGAGGACCCCUACCUGCUUCAGGUGCUCGACCUGAGCCACAACAGGCUCCUCUAUUUUCCGGAGCUCCCCAGAGCGCAUUACCUCACGCACUUAAACCUCUCCAACAACCUCAUUGCCUCGCUGGCCCCGAGCUCACGCCACCCGGCAGCGUUCGCGCUGCACUACGACGAGAUGGGGAGGCUUAACGGGUCCUCCGGCACCGCGGCUGGCCUCACCCAUGUGGCCGACUUGGAUCUCAGCAAUAACCAGCUGCAGCUCUUCCCAUUUGCUUUCUUCCAUGGCCUGCGCUCUCUGCACAAGCUCAGCGUGGCCACGAAUUGUCUCCAGGACAUAACGAGGGAGAUGCUUACGGGUGGCACAGCAGGGGACAGCGUGGCCACGUUGCAGGAGAACGCGUCCCUCUCCGUGCGCUCUCUGGACCUCCACGACAACCUCAUCCGUGCCUUGCCGCGUUGGUUUUUUGAUUUCCUGCCCCAGCUGGAAACGAUCGACCUGGGCUCCAACAGCCUCCAGCCCUGUGAGAGCCAGGGAGGUGACCGUGGGGGGACGUCGGGAGGGGACCCUCGCGGGGCAGGACCCUGCACCGCCUUCUACAACCUGCCCCACCUGAAGCGCCUCAGCCUCUCCAGGAACAACAUCACCCGGCUGCAGCCCUACGCCUUCAACCAAACCUCGCUGCUCUCCCUAGACCUGUCCGAAAACAAGGGCUUGUCCCUGCCCAAGGCAGCCCUGGGGGGGCUGGAGCUCUCCCUGCAGGAGCUCUGGCUGCGGGGGAACCAGAUGGGGGACGGCACGGCAGCGCUCCCCUGCCUGGGCGCGCUCAAAGCCUUGGACCUCUCCGGCAAUGGCUUGAGCCUUUUGCCCGCGGGUCUUUUCUGCUCCCCGCUGGAAAGCCUGGACCUCCGCGAUAACAACCUGCCGGCGCUGGCCGAGCCGGCCGUGGCGAGCUGGUCCCGCAGCCUGCGGGUGCUGUGGGUGGCCGGGAACCCCUUCAGCUGCUGCGGGCUGGGCUGGCUGCACACGCUGCGGGCGGCACGCGUGCGCCUGCCCGACCUGGACCGGGCGCUCUGCGCCUACCGCCACCGCCGCGGCAACUUCUCGGCCCCGCUCAGCAGCCACCCGUGGUGGCCCUGCCCGCGGCCCAAAGGGUCGCUGGCGGCGCUGGUGGUGGUGCUCAGCAUCCUGCUGUGCCUGGGCUACGGGGCGUGCUGCCUCCUGAGGAGGGGGCAGAAGCCGCCGGGGUGGGGGGCUCUGCGGGGCAGCAGGGUGGGCGGCUUCGCGCCCCAUCCCAAAGGGGAGAGGGCAGCCAAGGAGAGGCCAGCAGACGGUGACACUAAGGUGUAGGCCGGGGCUGGGAGCUGUAGCUGUUGGUCAGAAUGCUAAUUAUUAUUAAUAUUGUUAUUAAUAUUAUUUUGGGCACGCGUUUCCAGCACCUCACGUGUUUUGCAGAGCAACGCCGGGGCUGAGCCCAGCGCUGGGCAGGCACCAGGAGGGGCUGGGUUCCCGCAGCCCCCUCGCUCUUGAGAAGGAAGGUGUGCCCAUCCACGCUAGUUUGUGGAAGAAAUUAGAUAAUUCAUAAUUAAUUAAUACUUAAAUAAGUAGCCGCGGGGGGGUCCUGCCCUGCCCGCCACUGUUCUCAGCACUAAGGAGACAAAAGCCCAGCUUGUGUUGGUCUGUCCCUCCUGAAGGCCCUUGUGAGAAGGUGGUUGUCUGCGUAGCCUCGCGGCUCUCCCACCAUCCAGGGGCUGGGGCCGGCUCUGGGAAAGGGAAAAGAUCAGGGCGUGCCAAAACCUCGUGUUUCACAUCUCUCUGCUUCCACCUUGAAAGUCCCCAGCCGGCCCAGCGCGCGCCACCUCCUCGUCCACACACCUGUUGUGCUAGGGGAUGUGAGAGCAAAAGGGCUUGGAAUUCACUUAAAAUCCCACUUACCUCGUUCCUAUUUUUUUUUCCUCUCAAGCUUAUCAUGGUUUUACUGUGAACCAAAGG